UUUGUCCCUCCUGACACGCCGUACAGGAUGACCAACAAACGUGCACGGAGACCUCCUUUCUUGGAACGGCUAUGGUUUGAACGCACGUGAGGGGGGAAAAGGCUGCACCAGUCCGUCAACUUCACUCGGUUUUUAUAUUGUUGCUGCAGGUUUAAAAUCUCCGACAGUUCGUGUUGAGCUUACGGCUAAUACAGGCGAGGAGGUACAAUCAAAACAAACACAAAACAGGUAGCCGAUAAGCUAGUGAGCCUCCAAACUCCCGGUUUUAGUUCUGUAUCUGAAAUCGCUCUGGAAACAUGUCAGCCGUGCAAAACGAAUCCAGGAAACGGAGCAAGAAGCGCUUUAUGGCCGGCCACCACAGCAAGCGGUGGAAGGGCUCCCGGGAGCUGGAGGUGGGCAUGCAGGGGAUCCUCAUCACAUGCAACAUGAACGAGAGAAAGUGCACGGCGGAGGCCUUGAAUCUGCUCGGUGAAUACGCAGACAAGCUCUAUGGUCUCGAGCAGCUUCAGGAAAAUACAGGCAGCAGCAGUGAAGAAGAGGAGGCUGAAGAAGAAGAUGUUGAUGUUGCCCUGAAGAAAGAAGUGGCCCAGCUGCGAGCAUCAGAAACUAAACAGGAGAGGCGCUUCCAGGCACUCGACAGCGGAGCAAACAACGUGAUCUUCAUCAGAACUCAGAAUAUCGAGUCUGAUAAACUGGUUCAUCAUAUCCUGUCAGAUCUCCAUACUACAAAGAAGAAAAAGUCACGUGUCAUCCUUCGAAUGUUGCCAGUAACUGGAACCUGCAAAGCUUUUCAGGAAGACAUGGUGAAAUAUCUGACCACUUUCCUGGAGCCUUGGUUCAAAACUCCAAGCUGUGCUACCUACCAGAUUGCGUUCAAGGCUCGCAACAGCAACCACAACAAGCGAGACGAAAUCAUCAAAUCUAUCGCAGGCCUUGUGGGGAAGAUGAACCCUAAGAACAAAGUGGAUUUGACAAACCCUGAACUGACAAUCAUUGUGGAGGUCAUCAAGACAGUGUGUUGCCUCAGUGUGGUAAAAGACUAUACGCUGUACAGAAAGUACAACGUUCAGGAAGUGGUGAAAGACGACAUAUUGAAGCCUGACGUGACCACAGCAAAAGCAGACGCAGACACAAGCGAUCAGACGGAGAAACCCGAUGCGGGAGAGACUGACAGAAGAGAGACGAAGGGCGAAGAAGACAAGGGCACGAGUGUUUCAGAGAAGGGGGAGGGUGAUGAGGGUGAAGGUGGGGGGGAGUGAAAGCUCACACUGAAGAAAAUCGUUGAGGAAAUACCGUUUAAUUUUCUUUGUAGUGCCGUGCUUUUGUUUUAAAUGGACUGAUUUGUCAACAUCAUGAACUCCGUAAAUAUCACAAAUGAUUCUAAUAUAAUUUAAUAUUUGGGGUUUUUUAAUAUUCAUGGGGAUAUCUGGCAUCCAUUAUCACCUUUAUUGAGUUGUACAUUUCAAAUGGGAGAAUUUUUUAAUUGAUGUUACAAACUAUUUGUAGCUGCUCACAGUUUUUGGUUUGUCUUUUUGUUUGUUUGUUCUUUUAAAUGGUUAAUUUGACUUUUAAUUUCAGUGUGUUUUUAUUACUCGCUUAAAAAUGGACUUUUCUUCAAGUUAACAGGCAUCACUCCUAGUACCUGUUACUGUUGUGUAGCUUGUUUCCUAUAUUCAUCCCUGCUGCCCGUGUGUUUAACUGGUUCCUCACGUAUCCUUUACUUAGUUCGUGGUGCUCUCUGUUCUGCUCAUUGGCACAAUAAACAGAACGAAGUGGAGGAGAGUGAGCAGGUUAGAAAUGGCAUACAUAUAAACUCUGUAUGGUGUGUUAUACUUAGAAAGUGUAGAUACUUCUUUGGCAGUUCUUUUGUGCUCCACAAGAUGGAGAUAAAACAUCAUUUUCCAGAGUACUGACUGUUACGUGAUAAUUGUGCUACCCUCUAAAUGAAUAUUUGUAGCUAUACUGCGUACUGUUGUUUUCUUUUAAAAAUUAUUUUAGGAGAAACAGACUUGCGUUUGUUUUAGUCUUGAAUACUACAUAAUCCUACUUGAAUACUCCAGGCUGUACCUACCGUUUAAAAUAUAAAACACUUCAUAUAAGAGAGUAACAUCUUAUUACAGAAUACAUGAAGAGUAUAACCUGUAACACAGACAAAUUUUAUAUGAGUGCAGUUUUUUCUUUUGGCGUCGCUCCAGCUGUUGCUGCUGGAGCGACGCCAGCAGAGGAAGAAAUAUUUCAGCCAUUCUAGUGCUUGAUUGAUAUCGUGCAGUUGAGAACAAAUUAAUCUCCGGUCUGAAGGUGCGGUCCUACCUGUGAGUACUUGUUAUUCAUGCAUUAAGUUUCUAAUGAAUACUGACUACUCCCGUGCAGUAUGUCAAGUGCAUUGUUUAGAACACUGCAAUAAACAACUGAUACUGGGAAGAAAGUACGGGUGGGAUGUGAGAGGCACUGACUCUCACAUAAGCUGUUUUUUUUUUUUUUGUUGUUGUUUUUUUCAUUUCUAUAUUAUCAGGUCCCAAAGGUAAUUGUUCCUACACCUAAGUCAAACAGCCCGUGUUACUUAUGUGUCAUGCAAAUAUAACAUGAUCCAUUUUGUAACCAGAUACAGUGCAGAUGGCAUUGUCUAAGUGAAGGUGUGCUCUCAAUGUGGCUCACGCAGGUCCGUGAGUCAGUAGGUUUAACAAAAACAGAAAAAGUCUGUAAUUAGGAGCAACCCACAUCCUGAUUAAGUCAAUGUCACGAGGAAGCAUAUUCAGACAUUUUGAUAACCUGUAAGCUAUAAAUGCAAAAGUCUGUAGUGCAGUCCUGUGAAAUACUAAGUACAGCCUCACUGCUUCCAUAGGAAUUAAGAGGGUAAUAGCAGCCAGGUGCUGUUAGUUAAAUGUACUUGAUUAACUGAAAAUCAGAGCGUGAUCACCUCUGUAGAAGCAGAUGUGUGAACAGUUUGCUGGUCUGGAGGAGACGUAGAGCCACAGCCUGCAGGAGUCGACACUCAAAUUCAGCCCAAGAGCGUGCAAUGUUCAGAGAGGGAAUAAAAGCAGCAAGAGCUACAGUGCUUAGCAAUUUAUUAGGCCGUCAACCAAUGUAAGGUUUAUGCCACAGUUAACAGUAUUGGUAAAUAAUUUUUAUGUUUUUGUAAUGGUUAAACCACCA